AUGGAUAAAUUGCACGAAAAAGUUUCGGAAAAAGCCCAUGAAGCAGUAAACUAUAUUUGUAGUUAUCUCUAUAACACACUUCCGCGAAGGAAAGUCGACGCUUUCGGCGAAGAAUUGGAGUCGUUGAUUAUCUGCUAUUUCGACGACAUCCGUUUGAACGAUAUUUCAGAAAAUGACAUGGUAAUUACUGUUUCUCCAAUGGAAGUUACCUGUCAAAUUGGCAAAAAUGCAAAGUCGGUCUGUAUUCACAUGCGUGAAUGCAAAGCUAACUGGGGUAUGAAGCCGCAUCAUAUUAGCAUCGCUGAAUGCAGGAACUUUCGAGCUCGAUCGCCUCUCAGCGCGUUGAACACCCCUCUUGCUCCUGAACCGGAGGCGAUCUUGCCGAAUCAUAAGAUCAUUUCGUACAACGAACUUCAGUUCACCGUCGGCUCAUUCGCAGCUACGCGUUUUGGUAAUACGAAACCGAAAGCAUCGCAGGCCAAAAUAGAACAUUUGCGAGAUCUGCGUUGCCAACGAAGCUGCUGUUGGAACACCAUUGACUCCUUCGAUAUGGAAGGUGGUAGUGGUUCGGCUGCAUCUGGUUGCGAAACACCGCAAUCGUUUGGUUCUUCUGACGGCAUUCAUAAGAACUGGCGACUCCUCAAUAAAAAUGAGUUGUCCCCCAGAAAAGAUGGGUCGUCUCAUGAUGCGAUUUUGUCGACCGGUUAUCUGGACAUCGCUCAAAACACUUGCGAUGUCCAGCGUACUUCGUUUGGCAAUUUGUAA